AUGAAUAUGCUUUCGGAUCCUUUCGAUGAGAUUAAGAUUGCAAAAUUAGUUCUUAAAGCCCUUGGGGAGAGUUCCUCCAACACCUCGAAAUUGGAAAUGUUAUUACAACGUGUGAAAAACUCAGUUUCAAAGAAAAAAUUUCUUAUUGUCUUAGAUAAUGUGUGGACUGAAGAUCGCAGGAAGUUGGAACCACUGAAAAACUCUCUCAAGGGUGUUCCCAAAAGUAGAAUUUUGGCGACGAGGAGUGAUUGGGUUGUUAGAGUGAUAGGCACAGACACACGGCAACCAUUGGGCCAACUAUCAGAUGAGGACUGCAGGUCACUAUUGAGUAGGAUAGCUUUUGUUGGAAGAAAUAAGGAGUGCGAGAAACUAGAAGAUAUCAAUAAAAAGAUUGAACUGAAUUGCAAUGGGUUGCCACUUGCCACAAAAACUAUUGGAAGCAUGCUAUGCUUGAAAGAUACUGUAGGAGAGUGGCUAAAUGCUCUGGAGAGUCCUUUGUGGCAGGUGGAGGAAGAGACGAUACUUAUUGUGAGCGAUUGUGGUUUGCAAGAACUUCCACAAGAAAUAGGAAAAUUCAUUUACUUGAGGUGUCUUGACUUGAGCUUUAAUCCUAUAAGAGAACUCCUAGAAACCUUGUGUGAUUUGUUCGAGUGUGAAACCAAUUCCUCAAGGACUGGAGAGAUUAACCGAUCUUUGGAUUUUGAACAGUUCCAUAGCAGGAAGAAGAUCAAAUAA